CUUCGUUCUAACCUAAAAUUUUUGACGUUUGUGAAAAUAAGCCAGUGAAAUUUGAAUUUAUAAGAAAAAAGUCAAAAAAUAAACAAAUUUUGAUGUUGACAGCUUCGUCAGUUAUCAGUUUUUCAGGUUUAUCUCAUAAUCAGUGCAGCUAGUUUCGUUUUGUAUUGUUUGAAAAGCCAUGAAUAGCACUUUCGAGACUGUUGAUCUGCCAGUAAUGUAUCGUUUUUGUAGAACUUGAAAAAAGAACCUGAAAAAUGAGGAGAUCUGAGGAUUAUCAGAAUCAUAUUAUGGUUCUUCGUAACAGGGAAAUUAGAGGAUCGUACAGGAAUUAUUUGAAAAAGAAAUUCCACUUCAAUGAAUCUUUGAUUAGCAGGUUAGGUUUAGAGAAAGAACUAGAAGGGCAUCAAGGUUGUGUGAAUUGUCUGCAAUGGUCGUCAGAUGGAAGGAUAUUGGCAUCAGGCUCCGAUGACACCAAUGUGAUGAUUUGGGAUCCUUUCACACACAAGCAUCUAAAAACAGUACCCACACCUCAUAUUGGCAAUAUAUUCUCUGUCAAGCUUCUAGGCAGUGACGAGUCCUUGGUUGCAACAGCAGCUGGUGACUGUAGGGUGAUGGUACAGGCCAUGGAGCAGGCCUUUAUGAGGCAAACACCUCAUUUAGACUGUGGUUGUCAUGUAGGUAGAGUUAAAAGACUUGCCAGGGCUCCUGACCAACCUCUCCUGUUUUGGUCCGGUGGAGAAGAUGGACUCUCCAUUCAGUAUGAUAUGAGGGAGCCUCAUGAAUGUUUGGCCAGAAGCAAGGUGUUUAUAGACUUGAGUUACACACGAGAGAUUAAAUGCAUAGCUGUCAAUCCUACAAAGCCCUAUUUGAUCGCUAUUGGGGCAAACGAUUGUUUUGUAAGACUCUUUGACAGAAGGAUGGUCAGAACGAACCAGUACAGGCCUAAUCACACGUACGAUUCUCGAAAACGUGCGCCCUCUCAGGUGCACGAUCCCAAUUGCGUGGAGUUCUAUGCGCCAGGACACCUUUCGAAAGAGGAGUCUGGAAUCUACGACGCAGGAAGUUCGGACGACGAUGAUGAUAUGAGAAACAACUUGUCUACCACCUAUAUCGAUUUUAAUAGCGCCGGUACUGAAAUGUUGGUCAAUAUGGGGGGUGAACAGAUUUAUUUGUUCGACUUGAACCGCCCCAGGAGCCCAAAGGAGCUUCGGGUACCCGACUAUGCCCUCAAAGCUUGUAAAAACGUUUCAAACAAGAGCUGCUGCUGUAGAAAUGGAAUUUCUGUAAAGAUGAAAAAUAUAGAUAGCUACAAUAAGCGUAUUAGUAAACAACCAUGUGCCUGUGAUUAUCUAAAUAGAGCAAAAAUAUUUUUUCAAAGAAAAUGGAUUGGAGACGUCUAUUGCGCUGCCCGAGACUAUCUUCAGGUAAUCGAGAUGUGUCCAGAUAGAUUGGAGGCUUAUAUCGGUCUUGUGAACUGUUUCCUGUCCCUCAAGUGGUUGGAUGAGGCUAUUGCAUGGCUCCUCUAUGUAAAAGAUAUGAAACCGGACCUGGCCAACGACGAGGAGUUCAAAGCUCUGCACACAGAAGUGGUCACCCUAAAAAAUAACUUUAAAAGGAAGGAAGAGGGUGACAAAUACUUUAAGAACUUUAAAAAGAUAGGGAGCAGGGAAAUGGCGUUAAAGACAAACGCUAAGGACUUUGAACUUCGUUUCCUGGGACAUUGCAAUACUACAACUGAUAUUAAAGAAGCAAGCUUUUUGGGAGAGGAUGGGAAUUACAUUUGUUCUGGUUCGGACGACGGGAUUAUUUUUAUAUGGAAUAAAAAGACGACAAACCUGGUAAACGCACUUUGGGGAGAUGUCUCCAUAGUCAAUUGUGUCCAGCCUCAUCCUAGUUCUUGUCUCAUAGCUUCGAGCGGCAUUGAUUCUGUAGUUAAGCUAUGGUCGCCAUCUGGAGAGGAUGAAGCAGAGACAAACACACGUGUCGUUAAGGAUCUUUGGCUGGCAGUGGAAGCAAAUCAGCAGAGGAUGACCAAAGACCCUUUUGAGAUAAUGCUGACCAACAUAGGAUAUCGUAUGAGUCCCGCGGAGGGUCAGGGGAUGCCCACCUGUCGAACCACUUAACACUAACUGCUGAUAAAUACUGCGAAAAAGAAUAUUUUUUAAUUUAGUUACGUUAUCCUUUUUUUAUUGUUGUUAUCUUCGUCAAUUUCUUCACGUAUUUAAUAAAGACAGCAAAAAACAA